AUGUUCUUUUGUACAACUUUGAAUGAAAUAUUGUUGUUGUCAACGAUGUAAGAAAACUUUUUAAAAACACUAGUUUUCAAAUUAUCAAGUCAAGCUGCGAUGUUUUUAAGUUUAUUACUACUCCAGAUACAGGAGCAGCCUCAGUAAAUUUAGAUUUAUCUACCACGUUAUUUACAGACUUUGGAAUAGGAGUUUGGACUAGAUUCUAAAGUCAAUUCGAAGAAAACGACAGUUUGAAUAAAAAAGUUAUAAACCACUUUGUUUUUGCCUAGUUAUUAGAUGGUUCAUACCCAUUGAUUUACUAUAUCAAAUAGGAUAGAGAAGCCAAGGUUUUAUAUUUCGAAUUGAUCUUACAAAACGACUAGUACUUCGAAAUGAGAGAACUAGAACUUAAGGAAGACUUGGUUGGGUCCAAGUGGGUAUUCUUUUACUUUUGUUAUUCUAAAUCACAGAAAGCAUAUAAUACAUUUGUAUACGUAGACUAAGAUACUAUUAACGUGCAGAUGGCAGGAGGAGGAGAAUACUAGAACUAACAUAAUUUAGUUAUACCAUUUACAGUUGGAGGUGAUCUAUAAGUAAUAAUCACAAGUAUUAUUUUAGUAUUCGAAUGAAAAGUUUAAUGUAAACCUUGAUUUGACCCCCUUCGUAGGAGAGAUAAGCGACCUUGACCUUAGAACCGACGUAUAAAGCUUUUAUUCUGACAUCCCAACAUUUUUGAGUAACCUAGAAGAUACGAACUGUGAAAUAUAUACAUGUCCAGCCACAGCUCAAACUACAGUGCUUUCUAAUUUCUACAACGGCGGCUAUAUUCUAAACAAAUAAGUUACUUUCUUUAAUAAACGAUUCAUAUUAUUCGGUUGGGUUAAAUUAAAUGAAUUAGCAGAUGUAUGAUAAAUUUCUAUAAUCUAUAAAGAUCCGUUCCCUUGAGACCGUAUUUAUUAGAGCAACGUUCAGAAAGAUCUAUUAUGGAGACAAAUAUUAAGGAGAAAAGGCGCUAUAUUGGAAAUACUAUUAAAGUACCAUGCGAGAUGAAGAUAAUGGGUUUGAGGUGUCCACUUAUCACAACAUUGAUGGAACUAACAACACACAAUACCAAACUUUGGAGAGUGACACAAUUUUACAAAAAAGUGCACAUCUUCAAAGUGCCAUAACUUCAUGGCAUUGGUUUGUGUAUCAAGAAGGAUUGCCGAAUUCAUAAAUUUAACUUAGCAUCUACUUAGGAAAAUAUAGAGAAAUAUUAAACUAUUACUUGACACAAGUUCAUUAUGAAAAAGUUACUUAUUAUUUCAACAUCGGGGGAGAUAAGUUCAUCAAGUCUUUUUCCGGCGAAGUUCGUAAUCUAACCUUCUCCUAUUGCCAAUUAAAUGAUAAUAAGCCUGAUAGAUGUAUUCAUUAUUAGUUAUCAAUAAGAUUGCCACUACAGUUGUAAUACUUGUUUUGGACCGAACGAAAGUGAUUGCAUAGACUGCGUACCAUAACUAGUCUCAAAAAGACUCUAAAAUGGCACUUAUUGUCCAUGUAUCAAUAGUUACUUGGAUGUUGGUUUACCAACUUGCUAAAAUAAGUAUACAGUCUUGGGCGGGAUAACGAUACAAGAAGGAUUAAUUGGAGACUCAUCAGGUUGUUAAAGAAACUAGUUCUUGGUGAAGAUGAAGGGGAAUUCUUAUUGUUUGAAUUGUCCUGGAGCAAUCACUCCUUAUGGUUUAUAUUGCAUAGAUUGUAUUUACAAUCCUAACACUUGGUAUUUAAAUCCAAUCUGUAAAAUUGAUUACUUGAUGCCUUUCACCGACUAAACAACUUACGUAUUCAUAAGAAGAGAUAGGAAACAAAAGGAUUAUGAAUAUUUUCUGAUCAUCUACAAUAGCAAUUAGGAUUAACCAGUCUUAGAAACUUGUUUUGGCUGCUUAGGGUAGACUAACAGCACCAUCAAUUUCAUUGAAAAAUAUACAAUGAAUUAGCUUUCUAAAAUCCUCUGCAAGAAUUGUUAUACAUCAUUAAAUGGGGAGUGUGUUAAUUUAUCACCCAAUUGUGAUUUAUGUGAUGAUAAUCAACAGUGCACAACUUGUUAAUAGAACUACACUUUAUUCGAAUCUAAAUGUUAUCAAUGUCCUAAUUAUUGUCCUGAUUGCAAGUAUAAUUCUACUGGAUAUUAUUGUAAAAGUUGUAUUAAUCGAUACUAUUAUAAUUCUACCUUAGAACAAUGUCAAUAGUGUGGAGCCUUUUGUGAAAUAUGCUUUUACUAAAACAUACUCAAUAUCCUUCAAUGCGUGAAAUGUGUUGAUAACUAGAAUUACUUUAUUGCUGCUGAAUACACUCAAUGUCUACCUAAAAACCAACCUAAUUGCAAAUAUCAAGUCUAAGAAAUUUUUUCGACCUUAACCAAUGAGACUAAUGUUUAUUAAACUUAUAAAUUAAGCAUGGAUUUACAGUCCAAUUUCAUCUCAUAUCCAUCUUUAGACCUGUGUUUAAAGUGUAACCCACAUUAUAUUAAUUUCAUGAAGUGUGGUCAAGAAUAUGGAUGCUAUACAGUCGAUUAGAUAGAAAGUAAGUCUAAUAAGCCAUUACCUUUGAGUUUGAAAUAGAAAGUAAUCAAUGACCCCACAUUCGAAUUAGGGUUUCAUGAAAAAUUGACUAAGGAUGGUACUGAAGAUUAUUACAUAAUGUUUGGAGAUUCUGUUAUUGACAACAAAAUAACAUACAAUCCUAUUGUAUUAGAAUAAAAAGAGAUAGGUCAAAAAGUGUGCCGAGAUAUAUACUGCUAAUACUGCAUUCAAAACUAUGUUUAUACUCAAGAAUAUUGCAUUAAAUGCUUUAAACCUUAUUAUGCACACAAACUGCAAGGAAACUGCAUCAUAUGUCCUCCUGACUGUGUAGAAUGCGAAUUCGGGAAUAAAAUAUUCAAGGAUGGAUGGAAAUCAGAUUUGUUGCCUGGUUAUCAAAUGAGGUCCAAACAAGAAUGGCAUCACUUUAACCUCUUUGCGCUUUCUACUACUAUUGACGACUAUGAAGUUACUUGUUUAAAGUGUGCUGAUGGUCUUAUGUAACAGAAUGGAAAAUGCUAUCCCAAAUGUCCCUGUGAAAGUUGUAUCAUCGAAAAUGAAUAAGUUAAAUGUGUCACAUGUCAAAAUUCAAUCAAAACAGUCAUUAAUGAUAAAUGCACUCAAUGCCCUCAAUUUUGCGAACUGUGUAGAGAAUUUACUUCAGAGGAAAUCACUCAAAUCAAUCCUUAUUUCGACUAAUAAAAUCCUAGUUACAAGGGAUAUGCAAAAUAAUGUUUAAAGAGAGAUAUUCAAGAUCCUCCAUAAGGAAUCUUAUACAAUGAUCCUAGUUUAGGCCAAGAACUUAAUUGCAAAAAUGUUGACAAAAAGGAUUGCUACUUUUUUGUUGAACUCCAAUAAACAAUCUAUUGUGGAACUGCAUAAUUUCAACAGAGGCUUAAUUAAGAGACUGAUGAAGAUGCGAGAGACUAUUUUAUGAAAUAUAAUUUACCCUUGCAAAGUUUGUUUUCUUCUACCAACUCCAGUCACUUCUAUAUAGAAACAAAUUACUUGUUCACUGAAUUAAAUGUUAAAAGUGUCAAAUUAAUUAGAUAUAUUGUAAACGUAUUACCAAAUAGUGGAGAUUGCAUAAUCAAAAAGAACACUUUUAUUUAGUCUCAAAUUAGAUAGAAUGUAUUUACAGCGAAAUACGUUGAAUUAAUAAUUUAAUCUUAAAAUGACAUCCCAAUUCAAGUGGAAGGCGAAGUAUCAUUUUUAGAAUUUUCAACUGUUACUCUGAAGAACGUCUAAAUCAUCCCCACAAGCUAAUCUUUGAUCUUAAAUGUAAAUAGUAUAUUCGGAGUUGCAUUUCUUAUUGAUCACUUUUCUAUCAAGAAUGCUGUUGAUCUUCAGUUUCAAAUUAAAAUAUAGAACCCGAAUUCAAUUUCAAUUAAGAAUUUUGAAAUUUCAGAUUCCAAAUUAAAUAAUAUUAAUGGUAUUAUUAGAUACUAUUUCACUCUGCCAUUAAAAAAUACAUUAAUCUAUAACCUAGAUACAAUCCUAAUUAAGAAUUGUUAAAUAGUUAACUCCAACUUAUUCGUACAAAUCUUAGGCACAGAUUAUGGAAAUCAAAAAUUAAUUGCUAAUAAUUUUUAAUCCUAUAAAAAUACAUAUACUAACUCUAUUAUUUUAUACACUGAAUUCCCCAAUCAACUAAGAGAAUCUGAGUUCACAAUCCAAUAAUUUUUAUCUGAUCAUGAACAACUCACUUAAUCAUCCUUAUUUAUAUUACAUGGAGCACUUAAUGUCAUUUUAACUGAUAUUACUGUCUAAAACGGAGAUUUCUUUGCUUAAGUCAAAUUGUUUAAGCUACCUUUGUUCACAAUUAAUAAUAUGCUUAUUGUAGGUAACAACUUUGAAAGUGCUGAUAAUAGAGUAAUUACAAAUGUCGUUGAUGCCUUAUAUCAAGAUAAAAUAUCUAUCAGUUCUCUCACAUUUAACUCAAUAAUAUUUAGAAACAACUUUUACAAAGGCAGCAAAGUCUUCAUUGAAUUGAUUUAGAGUUAGAAUUUUAAAGAUUUAAGAAUAUAGAUUGAUGACUUGUCGUUAGAAUCAAAUUAAUUCACUCAAUAAUAAUACUCAAAUCAAAUGACAUCAUCGAAUUCAUCCGUAUACUUUGAUUUGACUUAAAUAACAAUCUAGAAUUUGAAUAUUGUUCGAGCCUUCACUCUACCAGAAAUAUCAAUUAACAAUGUAGAUAAAUUGGUUUUGAAGAAUGUAAAAGCCACAUUAAAUAGUGGGUUUAAGAUCAAGUUAAUUCAUCAGCAACUCUCCUGCAUUUAGUAGACCCUUCAAAUUGGAUAUGGCAGUAUGCUCUAAAUAUUCAAUACUAAAACUAUUGAAAUUAAUAAUCUCCAAGUCAUAGGUCUGAUUGUUCUUAAUAUGCCUAUCAUCACAAUUAAAUCAUUAGAUGGAUCCAAUUAUCGGCAAUCUGAAACCAUAACGAUUUAAUAAGUAUAAUUCUCAAAUAAUACAAUGAUACUUACCAAACUAGCAGAAUAGCCUACUAUUCUAAGCAUUAUAUCAGAAUAAAAGUAAGAAAUAACACUGUCCAAAGUGAUCUCCUAUAAUAACCAUCAUCACAAUUACUAGGAAGAUUUGCUUUUCAAAUAGUCAUCAACCAUUCUCAUACAAAAUCCAAAUUCAAACAUCGCUCUAACUGAAUCGAACUUCUCUAAUAAUAUCUUGACUAAUAAUUAAGGAUCUAAUCUAGUCUUGAUUAGUAACACUCUUUUGGUGAAUAAUUGUAAUUUUUAGAAUUAGAAUGAUUUGCAAUUUUAAUAUUUAAGAGAUCGAUUAAUUUGGGGGUACAAUAAGGGUGAAGUAGCCUAUUUUGAGAACUUAUAUUAACUGUUUUCUAUUAAGUCAAAAGGAGGGAAUGGAUACUUAUCAGCAAAUCAGAUCAAUUUGUACAAUAUCACAAGCAAUAAUUCAUUGGGCUUAUAAGGAGGGGCAUUUUACUUUGGAACUCAAUCAAGUGGGUCAAUUACGAUAGAGAAUUGCGUUUUUAAUUUCAGUUAAGCGAAUCUAUAAAUGAAAGAAAAGUCAUAAGGAGGAACUCUAUAUAUUGAUGCUUCUCAGUCAGAUUUACAUCUAUAGAUAAUGAAUAAUAGCUUUACAAAUAGUUAUAGUAGAAAUGAAGGUGGAACAAUCUUUAUUGAGCCUUCAAGAAACAAUAAUUCAAUAAUAAUUAACGAAAAUACAGUAGAGAAUGUAUUUUCUUUCCAGAAUGCCUUCCUCAAGCUCCCUGUUACUUUCAGUAGCAAAUCUUUGAUUUUGCUUUUUACAGUGUUUGAUUUGUCCAUUAAAAAUACAUACUUUGGAUACCUAGAAUAUUUGGGGAAAGUCUAGAAUUUAAGUAGUUCAGAAAUAUCGCUAUCGACUAAAAACUACUUGAUCUCAAUAGAGCGUGGAAAUAUUACAUUAAGGAGUUGUUAUAUUUUUGACAUUUUUGAUUAUGGAUCAUUAGAAAUCUUGGAGGCUAGUUACAUUAAAUUAGAUACCUUCUAUAUCUAAAAUAUUACAAUAAUUAGUGGGAGUAUUCUUAGCAUCUAAUUAAAUAAAAGUAUAUAUAUAAUUUGACAAUUAAUAGAAUAUUUGACAUAGGUUUAGCUGGUCAACGUAAAAUUGAAGGAUAUCGCUGAAGUAAUAGGAGAUGUGUCUUUGCCAAAUACACCAAUUUCUACGAUUCCAGAAUUAUUCUAUAAAUGCGAUCUGACGACGAAUGAACCAACUUCAUUAAAAACUCUCUAUGAUUAGGACUAGCUGUAUGUCAUUAGUUUAAACAAUUUCUAUGUGAUGAUAAAGAAUAAGACAAAUCCCAAUUUCAUUUUUGAAAUCGAUUCUGUUUCAGCAAAUCAUUACAUUUUAUUAGAUAAUGUGAAUAUUUAAAAAAUUAACUGUACUAAUUGUUAAAAGGGCGUUUUGAAGUUUACAAAUAUUGAUGAAGCAUAAAAUCAAAAUCUGAUUUAUAUAAGUGGUUUGUAUUUGAAGGAUAGUUAGUGUGGAAUUUUUAGUUGUUUUGUAAUUGCAGCUAGAUCAACAAAUGAAAUCCAAUUAUUCUCAAGAUUCAAAUCGAAUAGAAUUCUAGAUUAAGAAAAAGCAGAAUUUGAUAAACAAAUAUCAACUGUCAAAAUAGAGAAAAGUUUAUUUGAUAAUAACCAGGCUACAUUUGGUGGAGGUAUUUUGAUCUCAGCUUUGAGUUCUGUUAUUUCAAAUUGUUAAUUUACAAAUAAUAUAGCAUCUUCUGUAGCGGGAGCAUUGUAUUUCGAUUAUGAAUUAGAAACGUAACUGCUUGUAUAUGAUUCAGUUUUUGCAAAUAAUGAAGCAAAAGUAGGUGGUGCAUUAUAUUUGAGUGAUUUCUAAGUGUAAUCGCCAUCAAAAAUGAAUAAUGUAUUCCAGGGAAAUUAAGCAACAUAUUUUGGUGAUAAUUUAGCAAACUAACCAACUUAAUUGACUUUGUAGAUAGGAUCAAAGAUCAUGCAGAAAAAGUUAUUAGAGAAAAAUUCAACCAAUCUGACAGAAAUUAUAGAUGUUAAGCAAUAUAAAAUUGGUAGCUCACAAUAUAAUAACAUAAUGCUGCCCAGUGGAUAGGCUAUUGGAGGAUACUAAAUUUUUGAUGAAAUAACCUAAUCUUACAUUCCAUAUAAUUUUACUUUUAGAAUAAUACCUAUGAAUGAUGAGAAUAAUCAGAUUAAGGCUUUGGAAGGUAGCAAAUGCUUUAUAAGGGGGAGAUAAAUCAUUGAAAAGUAAGAAGGAGAAUUCUUAACUAAUUUUACCAGUAUCACAGAAGUAUUAUUCAAUGCAACCAGUCAGGAUUAUAAUCUUGAUUAAAUGGAAAUUACAUUUGAUCCUGACUAUUCUUCAACAGGAUAUUUAUAACUUGAAAUAACUUGCAAUUCAAUUCAAAUUCCAAUUUUCUAAGAAAAACCUCCUUAUUUAUUGUAGGAUUAUUUCACUAACUAUAGAUUGAGAGUCAAUCUUUAAACCUUUCCUUGUCAAAGAGGAGAGUAUAAAACUAAACUAGGAACAUGCAAAUUAUGUGAUUCUAAUGCUGAUCAGUAUAAUGUUAAAGCUGGUGAUUAAUGUAAAAUAAAAGACCCAAUCAAGAUGGAGUAAGUCUCUUCAGCCAGAGUCAUGUUAAGACCAGAAUAUUGGAGACCCUUUGAAUACAGCGAUAAAAUAGAAUACUGUUUGAAUUUACCUGAAAACUGUGUGGGAGGAUGGAACCCUGGAAAUGAUUUAUGUUCAUAUGCGCAUGUAGGAGCAUUAUGUGAAUAAUGUGAUAUUUACAAUAUUAGAGGUUAAGGAGCACAUUCUGUUAGUACUUCCUAUAAAUGCGGAAGUUGCUCUAACAUCGGUGAUAAUACUAUUAAAGUUACUUUAGUGAGCAUUUGGACAAUGAUCUCUAUUAUGCUAUCAGUUAAGGGAACUGUAGAAACAGUUGAUAAAAUGAUUACAUAAUCUAAGAUGCAUAAACUCAAAAUCUUUCGUAAAGAUCCAAAAGCAGGAUAUGGCAGUGUGUUGAUAAAGGUGUUAACAAACUAUUUGCAAAUUAUUGGAGCUGUUUCAACAUUUUAACUUAAACUCCCAAGUGCCGUUUAAUCAUCAGUGAGAUCAGUUGGUAAUCCAACAGAGGCCAUGAGUUUUUCCCUUGAUUGCUUUCUAGUUAACCUUGUUGAUAUCGACAUCAUAUAUUUCAGAAUGAUAUGGGCUCUAAUUAUGCCCAUAUUGUACAUUUUUACAUUCCUCAUCAUUUAUGCCGUGGUGAUCAUAAUUCGUUUAGCUAAACCAAACAAAUCUGCAAUAACAACAACAGCAAUAUACUUGUUCACCUAUUUAUAACCUACUCUAAUUGGUGGAUUUAUUUCCUUACUUUCCUUUAGACAAAUUUCUAAUCUAUACUGGAUUCAAGGUAAUGUAGCUUAUAGGUACGACACUGAAACCCAUUUCAAAUGGGUUUUAUCUUUUAUAUUGCCCUCCACCAUAACUCUUGCCUUUUUCAUUCCAGCAUUUAUGUUUAUCAGUUUAUACAAGCAAAGACAUCAUUUAGAUUAAGAAAACACCAGAAAAAAUUGGGGAUAUUUGUACAACGAAUACUAAACAGAAGCUUAUUUUUGGGAAAUUGUAAAAAUUCUUGAAAAAGGAUUUAUAAUUAUAUUUUUAACAUUCUACGAAGACUUGAUCAUUAUAAAAGGUGCUCUAGUCUUCAUGAUCGUUUUUGUUUAUUAAGUAUUAACUAGAUCCUACAGGCCUUAUAAGUUACCUUUCUUAAAUUUGGUGGAUGAAUUUAGUACUCUAAUUUGUGGAACAUCCAUUGUCAUAGGAAUGACUAUUUAUUAAUCCUCUUUGUCCAACAAUUAGGAAAUUAUUUGGCCAUUCUAUAUGCUUUUAAUAAUAUUCAACCUGGUCUUUAUUAUAAUUAUUCUUUGGGAAAUUAUAUUAGCCUAGCUUGAAGAUUAAUAAGAGAAUAUUGAUAAGGUUAGAGAUUUGGUCAAUAAAAAAUACCCUCGUCUUAUAAAUUCGAAUUGGAUCUUCAAAAGGCUAUUGACCAACCGCGGACAACAGCAGAAAAGAGUCAAAAGAAGAUUUUAAAUGAUAAGAAAUUAUCUUAUGAAAUUAGUUCGUAAUAAUCCAGGAAUUUAUAAAUUACCUACUCCUCCGCCCUCUAUUCAAGAAAUUCCUAUAUCAAACCAAGAAAAAUAAAAUCUCUUACCAGCUCAUCAAUAAAGCAAUUAAGAAAAUUAAAUAGCACCAUAAAAAAAUGGAGCAAAAGUAUUUCCAGUGGAUAAUGAUUAAAGAACCUUUGAAAGUGUUAGAUAUGAUGAUAGACGUUAAUCCCCUUGA